GGAUAAUGAUGGUAGAGGAUGAGGCGGAUUAGAGAGGUCUCCGAUCGAGCAGCACGGUCCGACGAAGCGCUGCCCUUGCAGCGACCGCAUCGGUCACAAGCAUUCGUUGUAUACUACGGAUCGGCAAUAUGUGAGUGUAUCGAGCAAGACCGCACACCAGCUGCAACAUCGGGGUGGGCGCGAAGUAUAUACCACCACCAAUACCUGCCAGAUUCUUCUGGCUUGGCACGGAAGGCAUAACUGUACACCCAUGCUAGGCUAAGGAUUAUUGCCCUGGUCAAGCUCGGUGUUGGUAUAUAGUUGGCGUGCCCCGAACAUUCACUGGAAUCGGUCCCGAGCAAAAGAACAAGGAUUUACAACAACUGUCGCUGCACCUAAAAGCUGUGUUGCACCAACCAUUUAGGGCGGACUACACGGAAGCAUGACGCAACGUUGCCGUAAUGCAAGCAAUGGCGGCUCUCUAGGACCGCCGCAGCUCUGCACAGGCCAAAGGUGCCCAGCCACGCCCGGGAAGACGAGCACGACGAUCGACUGGAGCAGCACAGAACAGCUACGGAUGGCGCUAGACAUUUGGGGCAAGCGGGGCGACGCUAUCGAGACUGCAAUCACGUCAAGAUCUGCAACAGCAGAGGACCAGGAGGAGUCGCGUGCCACGGCUCAGAUCACCAGGGACCCCUCCAACUCCUUCGUCGUGGUCGAACAAAUGACCCCCAGCAUCCGCGGGCCCCACGGCGCCGGAGGUGUCAACGUGGUCCCCUGCAGCAGCGGGCGCCUGAGCAGCUGAACGAAAUGGGGGGACACAUCGAGACUGAGGGCCGAUAUGCCCAGCUCAAUCUUCGACAGGGUCAGGCUGUCCUCGGCCGGGUCCAGCAGCAUCCUGAGGGAGCUGCCGUCCACACACUCCACCCUGGCGACGGCGCGGGCGCUAAAGCCGGCCACUUGCAACAGCUUCGUCUGCGUGAACUUGGGAGCCUUGGACCACAACCACGUCGCAAGGUCCACCUGUGCGGUCAGUUGGAUGCUAAGGUUGUGGACCGUAAAAUUGAACUCCGCAAUCCAGAUCGCCGAAGCUGAGUCGCAACGCAGGAUAGGUCGGUCACGUCCAGGGUAUCAAGGCCGGUCGCGUACGGGGCGUUGAUCUCCCAGUUGUCGCCCUGCAUCUGCAGGGGGAAGAUAGGGACGGCCUGGCAGGGUCUGAGGGCUGGGUCGACGACCGCCGCGCAGUCCCCGACGGUCUUUACGGACCGCGACCAGGCUCCGACACCGCCGGUCACCGCCGAUACCAGGCUGCUGUUGAAAGAAGCCGCGGUCUUCUCGUUGCAGCCCAGGGAAAUCGUUGCGAGGCAGCCUGCCAACAAGAGCCGCAACAAGGAGCCUGGCAUGGCCGCCCGCACGCCUGCGGAUCCCGCGUGGGCAGUCCCCAGCCAAAAAGCGGCUCGAGAACAGCACGGGCUCGACCGCACGAGCGUGGCUGUUCGCAGGAUGGUCCUUUUGGAGAAAGUGGCCCGCUCGUCUGGGAGAGCCCUCCAGAGGCCUUCCAGGUGGGCGGGGGGGCCUGCCGUGUCUGCCCGCACGCGGCCUAUGCGAAGCCCUGCGGGUUGGCGGUAAAAUAGAAAUGGCCCCCGACCCCCAGGCUUGCUGCACACAUAACUUGAUGCCGUGUGCUCACGCGUGCCCUCUCGCACACCCUCUUUAAGCCCUG